UAAACGAGCGACGCAAUGUCAGCUCAAGUUUUAAUAAGUGCCACAUCGCAACGGAAUAUAAACAUCGGAAAAAUGAGCAUCAUGCUGCUGUUCCUGCUGCAGGCUGUGGUCCUUGUGUCUUCUACUCCUCGACGGUGUGACCCACUUGUUAGAGGACUGUGCAGGCCAACAGUGGAAGAAAAACCAAAAUGCACAGAUCUGGUACUCUCCUACUGCGAAGACAUGCCCUACACUCAGACCAUGUUCCCAAACACCCUUGGACACAAGACCUGGGAGGACGCUGAGGCCGGGGCCGAGUACCUCCUCAUGAGCGUGGUGGAGUCCUUGCUCGGAGGAGAUUGCAACCCUGAGAUCCGCAUGCUGGGCUGCUCUGUGUUGGCCCCUCGCUGUGAGAAGGCAAUGGUGAUGAAACCGUGUCGCUCCACCUGCGAGACGGUGCGUAAAAAAUGCAGCCAUGCUUUUGAGGCGAUAGAGAUGGCCUGGCCCUACUUCCUGGACUGUGAUCGCUUCUUUGUCAGUGAUGAAGAGGGGUGUUAUAACCCGCUGGAGGGCCUUGCAGCACAGCAGGAUGGAGAUGACUAUGAUGGUAUGGAAAUGCUUCCUCAAGAAGAGCCGGCAGGGAUUAUAAGGUUCACCUAUUCCUCCAACGCUCAGAUGAUCAGCAUCCUUAAGAAAACUGAGGAGCAAUGCUCUGAUAUAGCUAAAACCUACAGCAUAGGACGCAGCAUGGAGGGCCGGGAGCUGCUUGUGAUUGAGUUCUCCAAGAACCCGGGACAACAUGAGCUACUCGAGCCAGAGAUAAAGUACAUCGGAAACAUGCAUGGAAAUGAAGUCCUGGGCCGUCAGCUGCUGAUCUACUUGGCUCAGUAUCUCUGCUCAGAGUACCUGCUAGGGAGCGAACGCAUCCAGACCCUAAUCAACACCACCCGCAUCCACAUCCUGCCCUCCAUGAACCCUGACGGAUACGAGCUGGCGGUUUCAGGGAUCCAGGACAAUAAUGAUGAUGAUGAAGAUGGGACUCAUACGCAUGAUGCAUGGAACAUCGGCAGGAACAACGCUCAGAACAUCGACCUGAACAGAAACUUUCCUGAUCUGACAUCCAUCGUCUACAGCCGCCGCAGACAGAAGGGCUACCGCACCGACCACAUCCCAAUCCCAGACUAUUACUGGUUUGGUAAGGUGGCGCCUGAGACCUACUCUGUCAUGAAAUGGAUCCGCUCCAUCCCGUUUGUGCUCUCUGCUAACUUCCAUGGUGGAGACCUGGUGGUGUCUUACCCCUACGACCUGUCCAAACACCCACUGGAGCACAACCUGUUCUCCCCAACACCGGACGAACAGGUUUUCAAGCUUCUGUCAAGAACCUACUCAACCGCUCAUGAAAGGAUGGCAAAUGAAAACGCUCGAUGUGGACCAUCCCGCAGUCACAGUCAGAGAGGGAUCAUCAAUGGAGCUCAGUGGUCCAGCUUUGCAGGAGGAAUGCAGGACUUCAACUAUCUCCACACUAACUGUUUGGAGGUGACAGUUGAGCUGGGCUGUGAUAAAUUCCCCCCAGAGGAAGAAUUAUUCAUUGGCUGGCACGAGAAUCAUGAUGCUUUACUCACAUUUAUGGAAGCAGCCCAUCGAGGUAUCAAAGGCCUUGUAAAAGACGAGGAGGGGAACGCAAUCAAAGGAGCUCGAAUAUCAGUCAGAGGAAUCCGACAUGACGUCACCACAGCUGAAAAUGGAGACUACUGGCGCCUCCUCAUCCCCGGCAUCCACAUCGUCUCUGCCUCGGCCCCCGGCUACACCCGAGCCAUGAAGAGGGUCCACCUCCCUUCUCACAUGAGCACAGCAGGCCGUGUGGACUUUGUGCUGCAGAAAGACGAUGCAGAGCUCGACUUGCAAGAGGAGGACAACACCCUGCCGUCUAUGGGCACCUACGACAGCUUUGAUCCCUUCAACCAGUACGAGCGCUACACCCAGAUGGCCGACCUGAGAGUGAACCAAGAGGAGAGAGUGGAGAAGCCAUGGUGGUGGAGCUACUUCGUGCUGCCGGGAGGACCUGCUCCAACAUGGCUGCUUAAACACAUAUAGAGGUUUAAUGAGAGGGAUAGUAUCUGCUACUACACUAUCACAUAUAUAGAGCAAUAAUAUAAUAAAUCUGCGUUCUUGUUAGCUUUUAGCUACAGUAUGUGUGCUUUGUUUUAACCCAAGUCCAAUCUUAAAAUAACACUGCAAAAACCCUUAAACCACUUAAAAAAUAUUACAAAAUAAAAUUCUGGAAAAACGCAUAACUAUUUCACUGCAGAAAUAAAGAGCUUUUCUAUCAAUAAAACUA